GCAGGUUGUCAGCUGUGUCUGCACUUCCCCCAGUAAGAUGGCGGCGGUAGGUGUCGGAAGCGGUCAUGCUGAGGCCGAGGUGAAGUCCGAGGUGGAUGAGCAGUGCGUCCCCGUGUCUGAAGUGAUGAUGGUGGAGCAGGGGGAGGGCGCUGCACCCCCGAGGCAGGUCUUACCCCAGGCCGUGUCCGAGGAGGUGAUCCGGACCAUCACGGAGACCAACCCGGUGUAUUACCUGCAGCCGGACGGCAGCCUGGUACCUGGCGGGCCCGGGGUGAGCUGGUGUCCGGGAGGGGGCCAGGCGGCGGUCAGCACGGCCCCGGAGCCCCCCUCUGAGCUGAAGAAACCCCCCAGCCAGCAGUUCCGGACGGUGUCCCAGCACGUGGCCCUGCGGCAGGGAGCAGCCAGUCCAGUCACCAGGAUCAUCGACCAAAAGGAUCUGAAAUCCAUUCGGAUUGAGGUGCCAGGCCUCCAACCAAAGAAAAACAAGAUUCAAAUUGUGGGUCCUCUACAGCUUAUGCAAAAGUCUGCAGUUCAUGGCAAGAUUAAUACAGGCACUCCUAAUCUCCUCGGCGCACAGGUCAUACGUAUCAAGCCUCAAUCCGAGCAGGAACAAGAACAGUUUUUCCUGCAAACUUCUGAUGUGGCUUCUCCCAUACAGCUUGUUCAGAAGUCACAGUUGAUUUCCGAAAAAUCAAAUAAUGGUGACAACACGAACACAGCCUUAAGUCCUGGCGAGACUGUGAGCGAGGAGACGUUUAGUGCUGCACUGACACAGACUAAUCCAGUGAUCAUUUCUGCCUCGCUUGUUAAUUAUAAGUCUCCUGAAAAAAAGCAAAAGGGCAAAAAAUCUUUAAAAGUAAAGACACGUUCUGGUCGCAUAUCACGUCCUCCAAAGCACAAAGCUAAAGACUACAAAUUUAUCAAGGUGGGGGACCUGGCUCAAACCCAUCCUUCUGAUUCCGAUGAUUACUCAGAGCUAAACACUGAAGAUGAGCAAGAAUGGACCUUAGGUGGUUUGCCACUUGAUUCGCAGAACAAUCCCAUGAAACACACAUUGUUCCAGUGUGCGACUUGCGAAAAGUCAUAUAUGGGAAAGGGAGGAUUAUCUCGUCAUUACCGUCUUCAUCCAAAUCAUGGGCAGCUGCCGUCCCUAAGCCAUAAAGAGGCUACUACAGCUAGUGGUACAUCUUCAGGGAAUGCAAAGUGCUUAUCCAAUGAGCAGCCGGCUACAACCACUGAAGCAGAAAAGAGGCUGUGCGAAGAUCCGCAGGACCCUACUGUUCACAACGUGCCCGCGUUGGCCAGCACAGGAUGCGAGAAUAACAGUAACGAGAAAACACCUAGCCUCAUGGGAAGACCAAAACCCGUAGGUAGAAGAAGUGUUGGAAGAUAUAGACGCCCUCGGAAAAUACUGAGAACUAAUUCCCCUGAGCAAGACGCAUUAAAUAAACUUAAAUUGAAAGAGUUGCUCCAGCAAUGUGAAAACGAGGACUUAAAGGAACUGCUUCUCCCAUAUGUUACGAACCUGUUUACAGUGUAUGAGUUUUUACUUUUAAAGGUUGAAUAUGAUCAUCCUAAGAAUCCUCAUUUUCCUUCUGUGUAUAAAGAGUUUGAAAUCUUGCAUUCCGAUAUAAAAGCACUGGCUGAAGACUAUUUCAGUAAUAUGGACCAAAGUAUGAAAAAGGACUUUGACAUAAACGACCAGAAGGUUGCGGAAGCACUUGGCAUCUUAUUUGAAGACUCCACUGUUGGCUCGUUGUCCCAACCAAAAAUUGAACAAGAAAGUUCGGAGACAAAGUGCUCAGAUGAUCUCGAGCCACCAACAAAAAGGCAAAAAAUAGACGUUACAGAAGAUGCGUGCACUGAUCUUAAGAGUAGUAAUGAAUUCCCUUCAGUCACUUGUGAUGAUGAGCAGAAUGAGAGUCUGGGAAAUCACCUUGAAGAAGAUGAAAGUUUUUUAAUGACCAACACAAGUAACAGAAUCGUGCUGAUAACUGGACCAGUUUCACACUCUGAGCACCAGACUGACAAUCUUGCCAAGGUACUUUUUCAAAGCAAUCCAACAUCCGUUCCUUAUGAAAUGACCCCAGGCCUCGCUGAAGUGUCACAACCACAGCCAGACACAGAACUUUCGUCAUGUUCCAGCACUCCACACAAGGUUUUAGAAGAACCCCUCACAGUUACCUGUCAGUUUGGUAAUUUUGCCGUAGAGAACAUAAAAAUGGCUGAGAUUUGCCCAGAAGUUGCCAGCGGCAUGCUUAUCCCAUGUCAAACACAGACUCCUGCUUUUGGACAGGCUAAUAGCAAACCUAUUAUGUCUGGACUUUCCUUUGCCAGUGCUGUUCAUUCCAGUUCCCUACAUUCAGGAGGUAUACCUGAGAAAGGUUAUGCACCAAACGUGCCAUCGGAUCACAGUUACAUGACAUACACAGACACUGUGGAAAUACCGCUUGCACAGGGAGGAACAGUGCUGCUUGAGACCUCGACACUGGGUGGGAAAUGUGUUUUGGAAAACAGUCACGAAGCAACAUCAUGUGAUGUUAACAACGGGGACCAGUUUGUCAUCAUAGAGAACGCAGAAGAAAUUGCUACUGAAGAGGCAGGGACUCUCCUGGUUAAGACAAACGAUGCCACCGGCAUCCACUUAGAAAGCGUCGAAGCAUUUUUUCAAAUGGAACCAAAAUGAAGAUCGUACUAAUUUUGCACUGAGAUGGAAGCAAAAAAGUUUUGUUUUUGUUAUUUUUAUAUAGUAAAAUAGGAUAUUUCCUAUAUAUUCUUUUACCAAGAGUUUGUAAUUUAUCUGUAAAGUAUUUCUAUUAAGAGUUUUUUUGUUUUUCUUUU